AUGAAGCGCAUGUUUUCAGAAGUAGAAAUGUGUCGGGACGUGGCUAUACCUGCCAAACAAUUGAAGAAGGGCCAUUCGCCACCACACCAACAGAUUCUAACGAGACUACUCCAAGAUCUGCUCCACGAGAAAGCAUGCAGGGAACACGGGUUCUAUCUCGCCAUCACCGCCUUAAAAAGCAUCGGUAACAUCAACAGCACCACAGACGAUGACAAUCCUCAAGCAGACGACGUCCUCACAUUCCCUGUCUCCUUCACAUGCCGCACAUUCUUGCCUGCACGAGGAAAUAUCAUGGUAGGGACCGUGAUGAAAGUAUUGUUUAACGGUCCUAACGGAGCUGCUCCAGCUGUUUUGAUAAGCUCUGGUCCACUCAGAUACGCAUACUUAUCAUACUUGAAAAUGCCGGAUUACCAUUUUGUCCCGCCAAACUCUGAGGAGGAGGAGGAGCCGUGCUUUCAGAAAGAUGAUCACACCAAGAUUGCUGUUGGAGUUGUUGUGCGGUUUGUGGUCUUGGGACGUCGGUUUAAGGUGAGUCCAGAGAAAAGAAGAACCGAUGUUUACGUUCUGGCCUCUGUGGAAGGUGAUGAUACACUUGGUCCCGUCUCUCUUACAGGCUGCGAUAGGCCUUAUAUGUGAUUGGUGCCAAUGUUGAACGCUUUUGGGUUUCCAAGUUACUUUCAGUCUUCUUGUUAGUUGUUUAGUAUAGGUUAUUAGGUGAAGGAACUCAUCACUCAUUAAUUAAUGUACACAAAAGUUUUCUUUCUUUCAA